GUCUACGGCAGGAAGACGGAGCUGUUCGUGGACCGGGAGACGGAGCUGAGGAACUUCCAGGUGCUGCGUGCCCACGGCUGCGCUCCCGACCUCUACUGCGCCUUCCAGAACGGGCUCUGCUACCAGUUCCUGCCGGGCAUCGCGCUGGGGCCCGACCACGUGCGGGACCCCCACAUCUUCAGGCUGGUGGCCCGGGAGAUGGCCCGGGUGCACGCCAUCCACGCCAACGGGAGCCUCCCCAAGCCCAUCCUCUGGCAGAAGCUGCACAAAUACCUCACCCUCGUGAAGACGGAUCUCAGCCCAAAGGUAUCCAACCCCAGCCUCCAGCAGGAUGUGCCCAGCCUGGAGAUGCUUGAGCACGAGCUGGCCUGGAUGAAGGAAACGCUCUCCCAGCUGGGGUCCCCCAUCGUGCUUUGCCACAACGACCUGCUCUGCAAGAACAUCAUCUACGACGGGACGCAAGAGCACGUUCGCUUCAUAGACUACGAGUACACUGGCUACAACUACCAGGCUUUCGACAUUGGAAACCACUUUAAUGAGUUUGCAG